AUGUCAAACAUCGGGCGACGCCAGCAGGCCGCUGAUGCUACCGCCGCCAUGGCUGCGUCAUUCGGCAGAAACAGAAGCAAUCAAUUCAAGCCCAAGCGACCGCCUGCCACGCCGAAGCCCGUCGCGGACGACGGCGGAACCAGCAGCAACCUUGGCAGUGGCCGCAUUUCGCACAAGCGAUACGGCGGGGGCGGAGGCGGCAGCGGCGGCAGCGGCGGCAGCAGCGGUAGCACGGAGCUGUUCCCCGUUGCCGGCGCGGACGCCGGCGCCACGAACGUCACCUCUGGUGGGGCCGGUACUACGAUCACCAUCCCAGGGACGCCAGGGGCGACGCCCGAUGCAGUCGGCAGCUCAACCGCGAGGACGGGGGUCAUGCUGUGGCCGACAGGAAUGCUGGCGAGAGGGGGUGUCGCCUCCAAAUAUACCCUCUAG